AUGUCGCCACCUGCUCAUCUUCUCAGUGUUAAUCAUCUUCAUCAUCAAACCAGCGACAACGAGAAGUUCACUAUCCGACGACGACGAUCACUAACACACCUGACGAACACACCUAACAACCCCACAGACUUUAUCAAAAGAGGAGGAAAUCAAAGAAAAAGAUAUAACCAUCACAACAAGAGCCACAAUUAUCAGCAGCAGUCGGUAUCGGAUCGGUGGAGGAGAGAAGGUGGAAGACGAGGAGACGCAGACACUCUUGCUCGACGACGAAUCAUCCGGUAA